ACAGGAAUCGGCGCACUGUCCCUUUAAGGUGCCCGUGGAUAAGUGUUUGCAAAAGAGAUGCCUCUGGGCAGCGAUUUGCUACGCAGCCCGUCAUUAGCCCCCCACUGGAGGCAGUAGCCAACACUUUAAAACUACUGGGCUUUCCAGGGUAACACCAGUUAGUUCGUUCGCAAAUACCCACCCACAAGACCCCUCCCCACCCCCUCUCGCAAGCCACAGCCUCGUUCUCUUUCUGUUCACACCUUGGUUUCAUAGUGAAUCACCGCACCGGGCAAGAGGCAAGGAAACUUCUCCCUUGGACUGAUCAGGGGGAACGCAUUGACAGGCUAUAGCAGUACCAGAUGGAAUACGCAGAGUGGCAUUAUUCAUUUAGAGCAUUGGAGAAUCGUACGCUUUGACUCAGGCGCAAAGGCGUUGCAGAUUUGUAUCCUAUUAAAAAAAAGCGCAACUGCUAAGGACCAUGGAUUUGAAAGGUUCUUCGAGUUAAAAUAAUUCCACUUUUGAUGAAACUGAAUGACAGACGCAGACCGGGCUUGUCGUUGCUUCAUGGAACUAGUACUAUGCAACCAGUGAAUACACGAUUCAAUUGACUGGUAUACCAAGGAAGUAAUGCGUGCCACUACGUUACCAAUCAUUUUUAUGGAUUUAUGAUAUUUGACAAUUUACUGUAAUUGCGCAGUAACGACAAGUUGGCUUAAAACCCAACCCCGGACGGUUUGGAUAAAUUGUGCAAAGUUAUUAAUGUUAUCGAGUUCGUCGAACUGCCAGAUUUGGGAUUUCUGUCCAUUUUGGGAUUUACAUCGUUUGAGAAUCACUGAGGGACAGGCUCAGCCGGAAGAACAGCAGCUAUGUAUUCACACGGCUACAUUUACAUAUCUUUUCAUUUCCUUGUGCUGUGGUGCAAUGCACAGGGGGAAAAUCACCCGUCUCCUAAUUUUAACCAGUAUGUGAGGGACCAGGGCGCCGUGACAGACCAGCUGAGCCGGCGGCAGGUCCGGGUGUACCAGCUCUACAGUCGAACCAGCGGGAAACACGUUCAGAUCCAAGGCAGAAAGAUCAACGCCAAUGCAGAAGAUGGCAAUACGUUCGCGAGACUGUAUGUGGAAACGGAUACAUUCGGCAGCCGGGUUCGGAUCAAAGGAGCCGAGAGCGGACACUACCUCUGCAUGAACCGCAGAGGAAAACUUGUAGGAAAGCCGUCUGGAAAAAGCAGAGAGUGCCUCUUUACAGAGAUUGUCUUGGAGAACAACUACACAGCGUUUCAAAACGCGAAAUAUGAAGGCUGGUACGUUGCUUUUACGAGGAAGGGGCGUCCGAAGAAAGCGUCCCAAACAAGAGAGCACCAGAGGGAGGUCCACUUUAUAAAACGGCUCCACAAAGGCCCAUUGCCUUUCCCCAACGAGAGACACAAACACUUUGACUUCAUCAGCUUUGCUCAGCCGAAACGGGCCAAGCGCAACAGAAAAUCACCGACUUUACCUUAACGGUAUUCAAAGUGUAAAUAGGACUGGUCUGUCUCAUAGCUUUUUUUUUUUUUUAUUAAGAAAAAUAUUUAUUUUUUAUACUUAAAUCCUUUUAAAUAACAAAAUUAGAAUGUUAAUUAAAACAAAAAGGUCAUUACAGUAUAUAAACAUGGAAAUUAAUGUAUCUAAUUAAUAUUACUGUAUUUGUCAACGCUUUCCAGCUAAAAAGAGAACAGCAAUGGAAAUAUGAUCCAGCAAUAAAUGUUUAUAUUUGGGCAUAAGCUAUUCUGUUUUUUUUAUCUAGGCAAAUAUUUUUUCAGAAAAAAAAGACAGGAAAGAGGCGAUUUCAUUGAAGAAAUAAAAAUCCUUAAAUGGUCAAAAUAAAGUUACCCUAGGUCAAUACUUCACUGUGAUUUAGGAUGAGAGGGCAUUAAUGGAAGCCAAAUAAAAGUAGGUUCAGAAAUGUAGAAAGCACUUUUUACGCAUGCAUGAAACAGCCUACCAUGUAGUA